GAUAUGCAUAAACUGCUGUGCUUUGCCACCAAAAGGACAAGAUGCCUCACCUUAAGUGUGAGUUUGAUCAUCUGUUUAUUUAUAUUCUCUCAACCCUCUAUACAAAGACACAUCUUUGGAGUUUGUGCAUGUGGUCAGUGUGUGGCUGACAUCUUUUAUGACGCAUGGUUCCGAAUGCACUACGACCCCAACAUCGAACUUCUACUGACUAAGAAAAACAGCAUACUCAGCGAUGCACUCUACAGGUGGUGGCAAAAGCUACAGUAUAAAAGCAGAGUGAACUACAAAGCAGUGUCAGAGAUGUUAUUUGGCAUAUUCCCAAAUGAAGAAGAUUACUCUGAUGCUGGUCCAGGCCGCUGCAGAACCUGUGCUGUAGUGGGGAAUUCAGGGAACCUUAAUGGAUCUCACUAUGGUGUUCUCAUCGAUGCCCAUGAUCUUGUCAUUAGGAUAAAUAAAGGACCAACUGAGGGUUUUGAGCGGGAUGUGGGGCUUAAGACCACUCACCGUAUGAUCUACCCUGAGAGUGCUGUGGACAUGGAUAACUCCACUUAUUUGGUGCUGAUUCCUUUCAAGACUCUAGAUCUGCAGUGGCUAAUUAGUGUAUUUACAACAAAACACAUUGAUCGAACAUACAUUCCAGUAAAACCCACUAUAAAAGCAAACAGAAACAAGGUGAUGGUCCUACAUCCUAGUUUUCUGAAGUAUGUCCAAGAACAUUGGCUGCAGAAACAUGGCAGAUAUCCAUCCACUGGUUUUAUUACACUUAUAUUUGCCCUGCACAUCUGUGACCAGGUGAGUGUUUUUGGGUUUGGAGCAGAUAAAGAUGGAAACUGGCAUCAUUACUUUGAACAUAAAAAGCAUCCUCGGAAUGCUGGCAAUCAUGGAGGAAGCUAUGAGUAUCUUAUAGCACUUAAGCUUCACGAGAAACAAGGAAUUCGUCUGUAUAAAGGAUGGUGAUCACUUCAUUGAAUUGUAUUUGACUUUUUCUCUUUGUUUUUUUGUUUUUGCUUUUUUUGGACCCAGAGUCAUGUUCUUAAAUGAGACUGCAGUUACCAGCUAGACAUUUGUCUACAAAGAACAUACUUGCAAUUGCUGUUUUUAGGAAAUAAAGAAAAAAGUUAUUGCGUAAAUAAUUAUAAGUGUUAUGAUGUGGGCGUCAUGGUGGCCAGUGGGUAGCAAGAUUGCCUCUCAGCAAAAAGGUCG